AGGAGACAAAGGCUGUGGUUCCUGUUACCCAGCAAGCAGCCUCAAACUAACACCAACUCCAAAAGAAGGGAUGUGAAUCUUGGAGCGCCUGGCUAAUUUGCUCCAUUUCCACCAGCCUCCUCCCUGAAUACUCAGAGGUGCUCAGCAUUCCAUGCUAAAAAACAACAUAGAAAAAUCUUGGAGACAUCUGAGGUUUACUGGGGACUUUCCAACAUUCCAGACUGCUGCCCUGCAAUGAAAGCUCUGAGUCACGGUCUGUGGGACUAAGGUACUGGCAACAAUGUAAACACCAGGACAGCCAACCUCACUAACCUUCACUCUAAGCAGAAGCCCAGACUGAGGCUGACCUGAACUCAGAGCAAGCACUAGAGAAAGACAUCUUUGUUGAUGGAAAGAGGAAAGAAGAAAAGGGUUUCCAGUAAACUUCAACAAACUUUCCAUCAUUCUAAAGAACCCACCUUCCUUAUCAACCAAGCUGGAGUUCUAUCUAGUGACUCUUAUUCUAGCCUUUUGCCAGAAACAGAAGGUGUCAAUCCUGGUGAAAAAAAAAAGACUAAUGCUCAGAAAAAUAGACCUGGGACGGUGAUACUCUCAAAACCCUCAUAUAGGAGAAUUAUGUCGGAAAGCCAACUCAGCCCCCCUGUAAUUCCAUCCCGCAGGCCUGGAUUCCGGGUGUGCUACAUCUGUGGCCGAGAAUUUGGAUCUCAGUCACUUGCCAUUCAUGAGCCCCAGUGCUUGGAGAAGUGGCGUAUUGAAAACAGCAAGCUGCCCAAGCACCUAAGGAGGCCAGAGCCCUCCAAACCACAGCCUCUCAGCAGCAGUGGGUCCUACAGUCUCCAGGCAGCUAAUGAGGCUGCAUUUCAGAGUGCCCAGGCUCAGCUGCUGCCCUGUGACUCCUGUGGCCGCACCUUCUUGCCAGAUCGUCUUCUUGUCCACCAGAGAAGCUGCAAGUCAAAGGGUAAGGAACCCAGAGCACAUCCCAACAGUCCUGACAAUCUUACGGGUCUCAGGAAAACUCUUAGCGGAAUCCCAGCCCGACCAAGGACUCUCAUCUGCUACAUUUGUGGUAGGGAAUUUGGUACCCUGUCCCUUCCUAUUCAUGAGCCUAAAUGCCUGAAAAAGUGGAAAAUAGAAAAUGAUCGACUUCCCAGGGAGCUCCGCCUGCCACUCCCACAGAAGCCUCAGUCCCUUCCAACUGGGCAGUCCAGCCAAGAGGGACCAAGUCAAGCUCAGUUUGUGCCCUGCCCAAACUGCAGCCAGACCUUUGCCCCAGACCGCUUUCUGGUACAUCAGAAAAAUUGUAAAGCUCAAGCCAGUGGGCCAAAAGAUCAGAAUUUGACUCUAGGGAGUAAAGGAGGCCUAAAAGAGUCCACUGAUUCCAAGCGGCAACGGAACAUGGCAGCAUCCAGUGUAACUGAUAAGGUAACUCAUGCCACAUGAGAUGCAUUAGGUGGACCUGGUGGUACCUUCUGCUGCAGGGGAAUAAAAAAAAACUGACCAAAGAAUCAGCCACCCCAGCCCCUAGGAUUCUUUCUUCCAAUGCCUUAUUUCUGCCUCAGUGUAACCUGUCCAAAUGGACUCCCUGUUGGACUCCAGGGCCUCUCAUCUCUUAGCUAAAUAGAUAUAAGAACAUCCUUGCCGGGUGAGUCCAUAUUCCUCUUCAGUUCUGUCGCCUAAAAGAAAGAGAGAUGGAUCUCUUUCUACCCUGAUCCCACAUACCAAUAAUCCCUGGGAGAGAGUGUAAUUUAAAAAUGAGUCAUUAAUACUGUGUCUACAUUUCAGAUAUAAUUCCCAUUCCAACAGUCAUAUUUAUUGCUGGUUUAUUUUAGUCAUCUACCUUAGGAAUUCAUUUUUGGCAAUGCUGGGUUACACUGAGUUUAUCUUACUAAAAUAGAAUUUGUGUCAAAAACCCCAAAUGACUUUAGCAACAAUUAAACACUGGAGCACUUGCA